CUUACAGCCUGUCGCGACUGCUCUACCGGCCCCUCAGAGAUUCCCCAGAAGGCAGUGGAGAGGGGGAAGAAGGGGGUCUGGGGGCUGUCUCCCAGGGUCUAUUUGGCUGGGAAAUCUUCCUGCCUCCGCCACCCCUGACAGCCGGACGCCGGAAAAGACUCGGGUCCUCCCUUCACCCUCACCCCAGCACCAUGGAGACUGGUCGCACAGGCCGCCUGGCACAUCAUGGCUGCUUCUGUCCAAACUGCGCGUCCCAAGGCGCCCUGAGGGCGCACGCCGAUUGGGGGAACACGCUGGCUUUGGGAUUCUGACAUUGGAAAGACCACUUGUAGUCCUGAGGCCUGCUGGCCUGGCUGGCCCUGAGGAGAAUUGGCUAUGGCAAGGAAGGCGGGCUGUGUCUCCAGGAGAGGGCCUGUGAGGGACAGAGGCCGCACCUGUGUGUUUUGGGUUCUGAUCCUGGCUAGUGAUUUGGCUGAACGGAGGUGGGCCUUCGAGGUCCCCACACUCACACCAGCAGGCCAACCUCCAGGUUGGCGGAAAUGGAGGAAGUGGACGGGUAGCGCAGGGCAAGGGUGGACUGUGUGACCCUAUUCGCCAUCCUGCCCCCGUUGGAGGAAACUGAAAGGCUACGUGUGCCUCCUGGUCAUUCAAAUUGUCAAUUUUAGGUCCAGAAGUGUCCAAACUACAACUUCUCAAAACUCUGAAAAAUGGCUCCCUCCGAGUUAAGCAGUUCUGAAAGGCAUUCUCUGGGAAAAGUCUGUGAAGGAGAGAGGGAUCUUCUUGCAAAUAAUGUGGUCUCAGGCAAAGACACAGCAUCUUGGUUGUCUGCUCAAAAAAAAAAAAAAAAAAAAAAAAGCCUAAACUCUUGGUGGAAAUUGAGUGUCAAGCUGCAAAACCUCAAAUGGCAGAUUAUCAUCAUUUAAGACCGCCUGGACACCGGAAAAGGAGAUUCCCUGAGCGCCUGGAGUUGGAGACAAUUCCUGGUUCAGAUUUAAACAUCUUUGGAGGUCUGCGGCAAGCGGCCAUUGGCGGCGGAGCGUCACGUGACCUCGGGGGCGUGCCAAUGUGCGCCCUUACGGGUGUCAAGCCCCUGUCAGAGUGUGCGAUCAAGAUUGUGAGACAACGCGAUGCAAAAAGCGACCUACUACGACAGCGCGAUCUACGGUGGCUACCCCUACCAGGCAGCCAACGGUUUCGCUUAUAAUGCCAGUCAGCAGCCAUAUGCGGCAUCCGCUGCUCUGGGCUCUGAUGGCGAGUAUCACAGACCUGCUUGCUCACUCCAGUCUCCCGCCAGCGCAGGGGGCCAUCCAAAGGCGCAUGAACUGAGCGAAGCGUGCCUGCGCACCUUGAGCGGCCAGUCCAGCCAGCCCCCAGGCCUGGGUGACCCGGCUCUGCCCCCACCGCCACCCCAGGUUGCACCCCCUGCCCCACAGCCACCCCAGCCCCCACCGCAGCCCCCUGCACCCACCCCUGCGGCUCCCCCGCCCCCUUCUUCUGUCUCCCCUCCUCAGAAUGCCAACGGCAACCCCACCCCUGCCAGCGCAGCCAAGAGCCCCCUGCUCAACUCGCCCACCGUGGCCAAACAAAUCUUCCCUUGGAUGAAAGAGUCGAGGCAAAACACAAAGCAGAAAACCAGCGGCUCCAGCUCAGGAGAGAGCUGCGCUGGUGACAAGAGCCCGCCUGGGCAGGCUUCAUCCAAACGCGCACGAACAGCCUACACGAGUGCGCAGCUGGUGGAACUGGAAAAGGAGUUCCACUUCAACCGUUACCUGUGCCGGCCGCGCCGGGUGGAGAUGGCCAACCUCCUGAACCUCACAGAACGCCAGAUCAAGAUCUGGUUCCAGAACCGCCGCAUGAAAUACAAGAAGGAUCAGAAGGGCAAGGGCAUGCUAACGUCWUCGGGAGGCCAAUCUCCAAGUCGCAGCCCCGUGCCUCCUGGCGCUGGUGGCUAUCUGAACUCUAUGCAUUCGCUGGUCAACAGUGUCCCAUAUGAGCCCCAGUCACCCCCACCCUUCUCCAAGCCCCCACAAGGCACCUAUGGGCUGCCUCCCGCUUCCUACCCUGCACCCUUACCCAGCUGUGCCCCACCACCACCCCCACCCCCACAGAAACGCUAUGCAGCGGCAGGGGCAAGCGCAGGGGGCACUCCUGAUUAUGACCCGCAUGCUCAUGGCCUGCAAGGCAACGGCAGCUAUGGGACCCCACACUUACAGGGAAGCCCCGUCUUCGUGGGGGGCAGCUAUGUGGAACCCAUGAGCAACUCCGGGCCGGCACUCUUUGGCCUAACUCACCUCCCCCACGCCACCUCAGCUGCCAUGGACUACGGGGCUGCUGGGCCGCUGGGCAGCGGUCACCACCACGCGCCAGGGCCAGGGGAGCCACACCCCACCUACACGGACCUUACCGCCCACCAUCCUUCUCAGGGAAGAAUUCAGGAAGCUCCCAAGCUCACCCACCUGUGAUGGUGGGCUGGGGCUGCGUGCCGGGAGAG